GCUGACCCCAAGGCUCUGCCCUACCCCCUCCUGUUUUUCCCUUUCCAAAAAUGCCUGGACGGGUGGCUGGGCAGGAGCUGAGCAUUGGUGACACCUGCAUUUCCGUGGCUCCCUCCUUCUUCCUCCACCCCAUACAUUUAACUCCUCCUUCCAGAAGUUCUUUCCCAUCGGGCUGUCGCUUCUUGUGCGGAACGGAGUACUUUACUUGGAAAGCAGGAGACAGGAGACCAGUUGCAGACGCUGGCCUUACCACUUCUAUGUUAAAGUCCUAGAGCUUCAGUUUCUUUCAAAAUAUUCUAGCCUUGCCUCACCUGGUUUUUGAAGAUCAGUAUGGCAGAGAAAGGAAACAGACAUCUGUUGAGUAUCUGCGUGGCCAAGCUCUCCACAGAGGUCCAUACCCCUCUGCUCCCCAUGGGCAGCUGCCAGGCAGGGCACAACUUGCAUCUCUUUCUGGUCCACCACCCACCUCUGGUUUGUGCCACUUUGAUCCUGCUGCUUCUUGGCCUCUCGGGCCUGGGCCUUGGUGGCUACCUCCUUACCCACAGGACUGGCCUGCGCAGCCCUGACAUCCCUCAGGACUGGGUGUCCUUUUUGAGAUCUUUUGGACAGAUGACCCUGUGCCCCAUGAAUGGGACAGUCACAGGGAAGUGGCCAGGGUCUCACGUCGUGGGCUUACUGACCACCUUGAACUUCGGAGAUGGUCCAGACAGGAACAAGACCCAGACAUUCCAAACAAAGAUUCCGGGUAGUCAGAUAGGAUUGAAAGGAUCUUCUGCGGGAGAGCUGAUCCUCAUCACAGCGAGAGUGACCACAGAGAGGACUCCAGGAACCUGUCUAUAUUUUAGCACUGUUCCAGGAAUCCUGCCCUCCAGCCAGCCACCCAUAUCCUGCUCAGAAGAGGGAGCAGGAAAUUCCACCCUGAGUCCUAAGAUGGGUGAGGAGUGUGUCAGAGUCUGGAGCCACGAGGGCCUUGUGCUCACCAAGCUGCUCACCUCAGAAGAGCUGGCUCUGUGUGGCUCCAGGCUGCUGGUCUUGGGCUUCUUCCUGCUUCUCCUCUGUGGCCUUCUCUGCUGUGUCACUGCUAUGUGCUUCCACCCGCGCCGGGAGUCCCACUGGUCUAGAACCCGGCUCUGAGGGCACUGGCCUAGUUCCUGCCUUGUUCUCAGGUGUGAAUCAACUUCUUGGGCCUUGAUUCUGAGUCAGAAGAGACUUUACAAAAAGUGAAGAGCUAGAAUUUGGGAGAAAAUAAAAGGCUUUUUUUUUUUUUUUUCCUGCCCAGUGUGGCCUAAAGUGUUUAUUGGGGAUUGGAAUUGAGGUAGGAAUUUUAGAGUAAACAGGCAUGGGAGGUUUGGAGGGACUUUUCCCUGUUGACUCCUGAGUUUGGGAUACAGGGUCGCAUAGAACAUAUACACAACUCUUUCCAGGUUGUGACUUGGCUUUGGAAAACACCUGAUUUUGAUCCUAGCUCUGCCAUUUUAUGCCUUUCUUCCAUGAAAUAAAAUUGAUAAUUACAGCUG